GAAAUUGGGUAAAAGAGAAAAAGAAAAAAGAAGGAGAGAGGAGUGUAAAUGCAGGUGAGAGUUUCGAAGCUUUUAUGCAGAGAAAGAAAAAGAAAAAGAGAGAGAGAGAGGGGGCAAGUAGAAACCCUUGAGUUCCAAAAUGUCAGAUAGAAACUGACCAAAAACAAACUCCGCGAACUUACUUAGAAACCCCCCCUCCCUGCUGUUCACUACUACACUCUUCUUCUUCUUCUCUUUGGUUCUUCUCCUUCUUUCUUCUUCAAUUUCAAACUUCAUAUAAUGAAUCCACACAAAACCGAACAGCACGAUCUCUUCCACAAUCAUCAUCACCACCACCACCAUGAUCUGGUCCCACCAACUGCAUCCUCUCACCAGAUUAUCCCUCCUCAAUCCUAUCCCUCCCUCCAACACGACGACGUUUCUUCUCUCCCCGAAAUUGUCCUUUUCCGCUCUUCCUCUCCCGACUCCCCCAGUCAAUCCUCCUCCGACAACGAUGACUCUCUCAUUAACCCCAAAUCCGAUCUCCCUAACCCACCCGCUUACAUUAACCCGGAGCCCCACAUCUCUUCUCAGUUCUACACUUUCAACGCCGACUCUCACGCUCUCAUGAUUCGCUGCAUUCUCGAGCACCGUCUCGCUACUCCCGACGAGAUCCGCACCGCUACUCCUCGCUCCGUCCUCAAAUCGUGGCGGUCCGUUUGGAAAGACCGCAACGAAGAUACUGCUUACAUCACGGGUUGGAAACGAAUCCAAGAAAAAUUAACCGCUCAUGUCGACCCUACUUCUGGUAAUGAAUUUCUCUGCUUCAAGAAUAAUUCGCAACAAUUUGUGUCUCAUAUUAAUCAAUGGCAAGAUAUUGUUAUGAGUUUUCAUGGUGAUGCUGAUUUAAAACAUUUAGGGUUAAGAGAAACAAUCGAGAGAAUUAAACAAGUGUGGACUGUAGGUGCUAAGUUUUAUGGGAUUCCUGAGAGUUAUAUUAGGGUUUGUGUUGCUGCCUGUCCUGUUUGUUCUGCUUCUGAAGGUUCUGGUUCUAGAAAUAAACGCCGUCGUUUUGAGUAUACCGAGUCUUUUGAUGUUCCUGCUAAAGAAGUGCCUCAUAGGCUACAGCAAUUAGCUGCCAAACAUAAGGUCGUGCUUUGUAUUAGACAAAAGUAUAUUAGGUAUAAGCCCUUCAUGGCCGAGGUUAAGGAUUAUGCUUGUCAUAGAGCUGGUGAGCCUGUCGCUAAGAAAUCCAGGAUGUUGAAAAGAGAGCCUUAUGCUUCAAAGAGAUGUGGUUGCGGGUUUAGGAUUAGAGCUAUAGUGCCAAUUACUAAUUAUAAUGAGAAAGAUAAGACUUUUGUGUAUCAGGAAGAGGGGAUGGCAGUUUUUAAACUGUAUGCUGUACAUUCUGGUCACGAGCCUGGUCCUUUAGAUGGGAAUGCAAGGAUUAUGCAUCGGGUUGUUGGGCAUAAAGGUAGUUUUAUUAUGGAUCAAGAAUUUGACUAUGGGGUGCGUGAAGAUUUGGAGAAUGAAGGGUUUGGUUUUAUAGGGAAGGAUGAUGGAGAAUUGCAACUGUCUGUAUUGCAGCAGGUGCAGGAGUUGAGAAAUGAAAUUGGGUUAUUAGAAGGGAGGUUAAGGAAAAUCCCGAGUGAAUUAUUGGGUUCUGUGUCGCAGGAGUUGUUUGAUAUUGUUAAUAAAGUUAGGAAUGUAGGAGAAGACAGUUCAAAGACAAUUGGGCUUCUUGUGCACAAACCUCAUUCGGAUGAUGUGCUGGUGGGGGAUAAUGAUCUGCCACGCUGGAGUGAUCAUCAUCAUGACAGAAUAUAUGGGAACGACAAGGAAGCUGAUUUGAUUGAUGAUGAUGAUGAUAGUUUUGGACGGACGCUUGGGGAUGUUGUUCCUUGGGACCAGAUGAGAACAGAGUGUAGAAGCGAUAAAGAUUUGAUGAGUGAGCCUUGUAAGCCUGAAAAGUGGUUGAAGUGCAGUGAUUUUGAUGCGAAGAGCAUUCUUGACUGUGAGGAUACUAAACUAACCAAGCCCUUGAGACACGACGAGGCUAUAGUGACAGAUGUAGGUCUUAUACAGGUUGAUAGUUUCUAUCAAGAGAAUCCGAAAUGGUAUGAUUCUCCUUGUGGGUUAGACUCCAGUGCAGAUUGUGGGGACAGUGGAUUUAGACAUGGGGAGAUUGUAUAGCCCUGGAGAGCUAGUGGAAGCUGGUUCACCCACUCUAACAUAGUCAUUGAGUUUAUAUUGUGCCCAUUCGUAUGUUUUCUCUACGGGAACUGGGCUGUACAUUUAUCUAUACUUAAGAAUGGAGCUUCUCACAUGCUUUUAGGUAUCCUUCUUCUGUGUUGUUUGUAAAGUAUGCCCAAUUGGCUUUUCUGCACAUACCUUAUUUAUGACUAUUUGUUGACCACUCUCUGGAAAUUCAUGAUUCUCAGCUGGAUGAUUUCAUAUUGGUGUAUCUUUCAGAUCUUUAAGAUUCAUGUAUAUAUUAUGUAGUGCUUCCUAUUCCUAAUAUGACGUACUGAUAUAUCUCCAACUCAUUUAAUUAUUA